AUGGCCAGGUCAGUUUACUCUUCCCCAGGCAGCAAACGGGCUCGCGCUGGGGAUGCUCUUAGAUAUCUCCUAUAUGCAUGUAUAGUUAGGCGCAUAAUUAUGAGUCUCACUCUCAGUACCGGCUGCCGAGCUUUUUGGGGGACGAAAGGAGUGUUGGAAUCUGAGUUUCUGAUGAAAAUUGCAAAGUCAAAAGGUACGCCUGUAGCACGGAUUGCAUUGAGAAGGGCUUAUGAGCAAGGGGUGAUUAUUGUGGUGAAUAGCUUCAACAAAGAGAGACUAAAGCAGAAUCUUGAUAUUUUUGAGUGGGAGUUGAGCAACGAAGGGUCCAAGAAGAUUGCCGCAAUACGGCAAAGGAGGGCAAACCUUGAGCAGCUCUUUAUCUCUGAAACUAGCCCCUUUAGGACAGUCCAGGAGCUCUGGGAUGGAGAACUUUAA